CUUAUUUCCCCAGCGCUUUUCUCGUAAUCCGGGAACAGGACCGAGAAGAGAGGAGACGUGGCCGGUGCGGCGGCGGCGGCGGCCAUGGUGAUCCCCCUGGUGCUCGUCGUGCUUCCGCUUGGGCUCCUCUUCCUCCUUUCCGGCCUCAUCGUCAACGCAAUCCAGGCUAUCUUGCUCGUGUCUGUAAGGCCAUUAUCGAAGAGCUUGUAUCGUCGGAUCAACAGAUUCUUAGUCGAGCUGCUAUGGCUUCAGCUAAUCUGGCUUUUGGACUGGUGGGCUGUUGUUAAGGUACAAUUGCAUGCAGAUCAAGAAACUUAUCAGCUAAUGGGAAAAGAGCAUGCCCUUAUCAUAUCAAAUCAUCGGAGCGACAUCGAUUGGCUUAUUGGAUGGAUUUUGGCACAGCGUUCAGGAUGUCUUGGAAGCACACUAGCUAUCAUGAAGAAAUCUUCAAAGUUUCUUCCAGUUAUUGGCUGGUCUAUGUGGUUUUCUGAAUAUCUAUUUCUGGAGAGAAGUUGGGCAAAGGACGAAAAGACACUUAAAUGGGGUCUCAGAAGGUUGAAGGACUUUCCCAGAUCAUUCUGGCUUGCCCUUUUUGUUGAGGGUACACGGUUUACACCAGCAAAACUUCUAGCAGCUCAAGAAUAUGCAGCCUCACAGGGUUUGCCAGCCCCUAGAAAUGUGUUGAUUCCACGGACCAAGGGAUUUGUAUCAGCAGUAGGUAUUAUGCGUGAUUUUGUCCCAGCUAUCUAUGAUACAACAGUGAUAAUCCCUAAAGAUUCACCUGCACCGACAAUGCUGCGCAUUCUCAAGGGACAGUCAUCAGUAGUUCAUGUUCAUAUAAAACGCCAUGCAAUGAGUGAUAUGCCUAAAUUCGAUGAAGAUGUUUCAAAAUGGUGUAAGGACAUCUUUGUGGCAAAGGAUGCUUUAUUGGACAAGCAUAUAGCAACUGGUACUUUUGAUGAAGAAAUUAGACCAAUUGGUCGUCCAGUGAAAUCUUUGCUGGUGGUUCUGUCUUGGUCAUGCCUCCUCCUAUAUGGUGCCUACAGAUUCUUACAGUGGACUCAACUCUUGUCAACGUGGAAAGGCAUUAUCCUCCUCGCUGCUGGAUUGGCACUGGUGACUGGCGUUAUGCAUGUCUUCAUCAUGUUCUCUCAGUCAGAGCGUUCAAGCUCCGCCAGAGCAGCGAGGAAUCGGGUGAAGAAAGAUUGAUGACUCUUGAUUCCAGUCCAUCCCCAGCUGCCAAUUUGUUAGGCACAAGCAUGAGGCAAAUUUUCUCAGUGCUUGUACUCUCUAGUCUAGGAACAGAAGUCAAGAAUUGUGAUGCCCUGGCCUCUUCUUGUACUUGUAUACAUAACACAAGUGUAGAUUUGUUUUCAGUAUAGCAGGAACUAGUACAUUAGUCUAUUGAUUGAUUUUUUUUCUUGCAGAUUGGAUGCACAGACAAUCUUUUAUGGUUCACUGCUUGGUCUAUUCCGGCAUUGUCUGAGACCUCACCGUACAAAUUUCAGAAUUCCUUCAGGAGAACAUAAGGCUGAUGACCCACCUUGUUGGGCUGGUCUAUACUAUUGCUUCAGUAAUAUACAAGCCUGAUACAUGUACAUGAGUAUAGCAGAAAGAUUAUUACUGGUGAUGAUAAAAAAAAAGUGUUGUGUGGUGACCACAAAUACAACACAGAUGGACCUAAUAUCUUUUAUAAUUUGACAUUAGGGGCCUCGCAAUUUUUCAAAGGUUGUGGGCAGCUUCUGCAGCGAAAAUGGGUUUUAGAUGGAAAAUAGGAAACAACAAGAAGGUGAAGUUUUGGGGAGACAACUGGCUGGUUACCUCAAAUCUAACAAUUCAGUUUUGGGAGAUUUACAUUCUGAUCAAUGAAAAGUCUGAAACAGUGGCUAAUUUUUGAGAUGGAACUAACUUUAAAUGUACCUUUAGAAGAUGUUUUGAUAAUUGGCUUAUGAACCUCUGGUUAGAGAUAGUGCAGUUAGCCUCUACUAUUUGUUUUCUUGAUGAGAAAGAUUCCUUAAUUUAGCAGUUUACUUUAAAUGGUGUAUAUUCCUCUCAAUCCAUGUAUAAAGUAAUCAAUUUUAGAGGUGUGUUACCUAUGCA